UGCACUGUGCUAGUCAGCCCUGGCUCUUGUACUUUACACUGACACACUGCUUGAAGUUCUGUAAGCUUGAACUGGAAACGGCCACCGCAGUGAAAAUUUGAAUCAAGUGGAGAAUUCAAGAGCACAAUGUGGAGUCUACUGCCAGGCAGAAUGCAGGUGGUCCCUGCUCUGCAGGUUGAGUGCUAAGCAUGUUGCAAUCACAUAAAGCCUCUGAAAGUGUGCUACAUCUGGUGGCCUCCGACAUGUCCGAAAUCAUGGAGAGCCUGGACACCAGAGACCUGGAUUUAGGAGAAGAGGUGGACUUUGAUGGGAGUGGUUCAGAUCAUCCAGAAGUCUCUCGGAUCCCAUUUUCUGCAGUUUACAAAACCAGAGGUUUUAAGGAAACAGAAGCCAAGGUGUUCCUCACAGGUGUUCCCAUUACAGCCAAAAUUCUGGAAGUGGAACGUUUCACAUCAGCACAAGAUCGCUUUAACAGAACAAAUCAGAGGAGUGUUUCAAAGGUACUUCCUGCUGUCUUCAAAAUUGAAUUGAAACAUGGAAAUUUUACCUGGCAUGUAAAAAGAAAAGAGAAGCACUUUCUAGAGCUUCACCGAGAACUCCUUCGAUACAAGACCCUUAUGAGGAUCCCAUUACCUUCUAGAAGACACACAGUUAGAAGACAGACUGUCAAGAAGAAUGAAGUCCGAGAGAUGCCCUCUCUUCCACGUGGGGGAGAUAACCUGGUCAGAGAAGAACAAUAUUCUAGCAGAAAGAAACAACUAGAAGACUACUUGAACAACUUGUUACGAAUGUCAACGUAUAGAAACUACCACGCCACAAUGGAGUUUAUUGAUGUGAGUCAGAUGUCCUUCAUCCAUGAUUUGGGACCCAAAGGCUUAGAAGGCAUGGUUCAGAAGCGAUCUGGUGGUCAUCGUAUACCAGGCUUGAACUGCUGUGGCCACAGUCAAGUCUGCUACCGCUGGUCUAAAAGGUGGCUGGUUGUUAAAGACUCUUUCCUGAUGUACAUGCAACUAGACACAGGAGCCAUUUCGUUUGUUCUUCUGAUUGACAAGGAGUUCAACAUUAAAAUGGACUCAAAGGAAACAGACACAAAAUAUGGAGUUCGAAUUGACAGUCUUUCCAGGACGCUGGUGCUGAAGUGUGUCAGCUUUCGCCACGCCCGAUGGUGGGGUCAAGCUAUUGAUGACUUCGUGCACAAACACGGAAAGCCCUUCCUUCGGGAUCACAGAUUCGGAUCCUUUGCAAGAGAAGAGGAGAACACACUUGCUAAAUGGUAUGUUAAUGGAAAAACAUACAUGCAUGAUUUGGCCGAUGCUCUGGAGGAAGCUAAAGAAGAAAUUUUCAUCACAGACUGGUGGUUGAGCCCAGAAAUCUUUCUCAAGAGGCCUGUUGUUGAGGGGAAUCGCUGGAGACUGGACUAUAUACUGAAGAGGAAAGCUCAACAAGGUGUGCGGAUUUUUGUGAUGUUGUACAAAGAAGUUGAACUUGCUUUGGGAAUCAACAGCGAGUACAGCAAGAGAACAUUACUGCAUCUUCACCCUAACAUUAAGGUGAUGAGACACCCAGAUCACGUCUCCUCCACUGUGUAUCUCUGGGCACAUCACGAGAAGGUCGUUGUCAUUGACCAAUCGGUAGCCUUUGUAGGUGGAAUUGAUUUGGCCUAUGGGAGAUGGGAUGACAGAGAGCACAGGCUGACUGAUGUGGGGAGUGUUAUGAGGACAACAGCGGUUUCCGAUGAACAUCAGCCCAGUGUGAAGGCUUCUUCAACCAGUGCGGGACUCCCUGGUGGCAGUGCAGCACACAGUAAUGGCAAGAAUGUAGCAUCGGCCGACACAACAGAUGUGCCGAGGCUGAGGGGGGUUAGUCGCACACGGAAGCAUGUGCGCUUCAGUCUCUACAAACACCUUCAAAAGCACACCCUGCGUCAUACCGACAGUGUCAACAGCAUCGACAGCACAGAGGAAAGUUGGUCUCAGACUACUAGCAGUCAGGAGAAUUUAAUCCCAGGUAAAAAGGCCCAGUUGAAGCUAACCCACAGUGCACCGGAACAGGGAUUGUCUAAGGAUGAGCUGAAGCCAUCAAGAGACACAGAGGAAGACGCAAGCGUUCUGAUGGGAAACACGCGUUUUUGGCAUGGCAAGGACUACUGUAACUUUGUCUUCAAGGACUGGGUGCAGCUGGACAAACCUUUCGAUGACUUCAUCAACAGGUACACCACUCCAAGAAUGCCCUGGCAUGACAUUGCCUCAGUGGUUCAUGGGAAAGCAGCCAGAGAUGUGGCAAGACACUUUAUACAACGAUGGAACUUCACUAAAAUCAUGAAGCCAAAGUACAGAUCCCUCUCGUAUCCUUACCUUUUGCCGAAGUCUCACACAACAGCCAACGAUUUGCGGUACCAGGUUCCAGAUUGCAUCCAGACUAAAGUACAGAUCUUGAGAUCUGCAGCUGACUGGUCUGCAGGAAUCAAGUACCAUGAGGAUUCCAUCCACAAUGCCUACCUCCAUGUGAUUGAAAACAGCAAGCACUACAUCUACAUAGAGAACCAGUUUUUCAUUAGCUGUUCUGACAACAGACACGUUUUAAAUGGAAUUGGAGAUGCCAUUGCAAAGAGGAUCAACAGAGCUUACAAGGAAGACAAAAAGUACCGUGUGUAUGUGGUGACCCCUUUGUUGCCUGGGUUUGAAGGAGACAUCCAAACUGGAGGAGGCAAUUCUAUCCAGGCAGUCAUGCACUUUAACUAUAGAACAAUGAUCAGGGGAGAUAAUUCCAUUGUUUCGCAGCUGAAAAGAGAAAUGGGGGACCAGUGGAUGAACUACAUCUCGUUCUGUGGGCUGAGGACUCAUGCCGAGCUUGAGGGAAGGCUGGUGUCUGAGCUCAUCUACGUCCACAGCAAGAUGCUGAUCGCCGAUGACAACACGGUCAUUAUUGGCUCUGCGAACAUCAACGACCGCAGCAUGCUGGGGAAGAGGGACAGCGAGGUUGCCGUGAUUUUUGAGGACACAGAGAUGGUGCCUUCUGUGAUGGAUGGGGAAGACUAUCAGGCAGGAAAGUUUGCCCUUCAGCUUCGUCUGGAGUGCUUCAAGAUCAUUCUUGGGGCAUUCACAGAUCCCACAAUUGAUGUAACAGAUCCUAUCAGUGACCGUUUCUACAAGGAAGUGUGGAUUGGGACAUCUGCGAGGAAUGCAACCAUUUAUGAAAAGGUGUUUAACUGUCUGCCCUCCAGCCUAGUGAGAAGCAUGGCCGAACUGCAGAGGUUCAUUUUAAAUUCCAGUAUGGCCUCGGACGAUCCCGCCAGAGCUCGCGAGGAGCUGAAGAGGAUUCGGGGUUUCAUAGUGCAGUUCCCCUUGUACUUCCUGUGUGAGGAGAACCUUAUGCCUUCAGUAGGGACAAAAGAGGCCAUGGUUCCCAUGGAAACCUGGACAUAAGACCAGACACCCCUCUUUCAGCUGCACAUCACUUCUCAAGCAGAGCUCACGGCCCACAACUACUGCUCCUGGAAGGGAGUUGCUGCUUUUAUAAGGAAAUAAACUUCUCUGAAACCAGUGACGUCGUAUAGAGAACAGAUUGCAGCUGACCUCUAAUGAAGAGCUUUUUCAUCUACAAAGAUCGAAGAGACAAUGGAUUAAGAAGAGACUGGUGUCUAAGAUGUAAUUUCAGACCAGGAAAUGUCAAAAAGCACUUUGACAGCCAAUGAUUUUAAAAUAUCAACAACCAAAUGAGAUACUUAGUUCAGAUUGGCUUCUUCUCAUUGGUAACUUUUAUUAUGUUCUUAUUCCACGAUUUUAUUUUUUUUUAAUCGUUAAAAUUGUUACAUGCUGAUAUAACACUAUACAUUUCUUAUAAAAUAAUCUAUUUCCUCUAAUGUAUAUGCAGCUAGAAUGCUUUCCUUUUACUCUCUUUGCUCUCUGAUAAAGUAUAUUAAGAAAUCAGCUUUUAUUGACCUAGGUACUACUAUUGCCAUGGUAAAAGCACAUUAAGAUGUAGUAGAACCUCCUGAAAGUAGUAAAGGCAUCUCUUUUGCACUCUUAGUAGCUACUUUCAUGAAUCUCAAUGUUAGCACUGCUCAUUGUCAAAUACAGGUAGGAAUACGUUUCUAUUUUUAUGAUCCCUUCCCAUGCUUUUAAGUGUUCACAAAAUUGAUUUCCACUAAAUGCAUGUUUGCACAGUGCCUGAGUCAAGACAAAACCUUUUUCACAAAGGGUGUAGAUAAUGUUUAUCCAUCCAUAUGCACGGUUGUUUCAAACUAUAAAGGGCUGUGGUUAGACAGAGCCGAGUCCUACAGGCAUAGGGUGAAUUGUAGUACUACAUCUUGAACUGGAUGCCAUCGGAUAUAGGGGCACCUGAGCAAAAAACGGGAGAACCAGGUGGCAGACUGGUUCUGUAUGCAGACUCUGUACAGAAAGCUCUCCAGUCCAGAAUAGAAAUAGGAACCAAGAUGCAGCUGUACUCAUAAUGAGCUCCACCUCAUAAUAUUAUUGAACAACUACACACAGAAACACAUUACUUUUUGUUUUAAAGUCGAAAUUGUCUUCUAACUUCGAAAAGUGCAGCUCUCGUGGUUUUCACUUCCCAAGAGGGUUUUUGAAUAACAAUUUGACUCCCUUAGUUUGUUGCCUGUCUUAAUUUUUCUUGCGUUCUUCAUCUCAUCUUAAAAAAAUAACACGACAAUCUGUUGAAUGUUCUUUCCUUGUGAUUUUACAUAAUCUUUCCUUAUGUUAAAGGUUUUAGAUGGUAUUUUGUUGCAUUACUCCAACAGAACUGCAUUGAGGACUUGCCAUCUUCGGCUCCAGUUCAGUUAAUUGUUUUUGACAAUGUGUUUAUGCGUUCUCGUCUCGUAUUGAUAACUGUUCACAUUGCCAUGUCUUAUUUGACAACCAUGAAUACUAUGCUGGGUCGUCACAGGUAAGUAGGUGACUGACUAUGGCACUAAUUGUAUACACCUUCUGUGAAGGGCUAACUGUAACUUGGAAAUUCUAUUAAAAACAAUUUUCUAAGAAAUAAAAUAGAUUGGAUUCUGUAUGUUUACCCAUAACAUAA